AUGCUGCCACCAUCAACCAUCUACAUAAUACCUCCGUAUCUACUUAGCACUCAUGAGGGGGGACAAUUAAGGAAAAGGUUGGCUCGUAUAAGUGAACGAUUGAGUGUCAGCAAUGUGAUUACUACAGACUCACCCUACUUUUCCAAGAUCCCCGUGGAAACCGAUCUGGACAAUGAAGAGACAGGUUUCACAUUUGCUAGUGAUCCCAUUCUUCAUUCAAUAAUAAAGGAAAAGGUGUUGUACAAGCUAGCUAUAAUCGGUGUUUUGGGGAAUAAUCCUAUGGAGUUUAAUUCACAUGAUGAUAAAUACGUCCAUGAAAUGUUUAAUAUAUUCAAAUCUAGAUUGCUUGAAGGUGGAGACGAAGAGGAAAAUGAGGAUGCCAGGCGUGAUAAAGCAAAAGAUGGUACCAGUAAAAGCCCAUCUUCCGUAUUCAAUUCGACAAAAAUAGGAGAAGUUGAUUUCAAAUGUCUUCACGAUGACAACGUUUCAGAUGAAUACCAGGCAUAUUAUCAUUUAUCAUUGAACGAGCUUUUGAAAUUGGCUAAUACCUACCCCAAAUCAAGAGCCGGCAAUGUUCACAGUUUGAUUAAACUAAACAAAGGGACCCAUUUUGGGUACCCUCUUCCGAUAUCAUGGGCCCCAUUAAUUCACUCGAAAUACUUAUCAUACUUAAAAGAGCGGUUUGAUUUUGGUAUAAGUACUGAUUAUGGGUACUCAACUAUUACUUUAAAAUCAGUCAACCCAAACUUAGCCGUUGAAGAUGCCGAGGAUAUACACAAGGCACGAUUUUACAACAUGAUCACUGACCAGCCGAUAAACUCAUCAUUUGGAAUUUUUUAUUAUGAGUUAGAGAUUGAACAAGUAGCUACCCAAGCUACAAGCUUCAAGACUUUGAUAUCUAUGAAUGACCCUUCGGUGAGUUCAAAUUCAACCUUAGAAGUGCUUGCUGGGUUUACCAAAAGAUUUGUUACUUAUGACGCUAUGAAACUGCCUUCCAAUUCUACAAGUCAACAAUGUACGAUAGAUAUGGAGAAAAUCAAACAUGAUAUCAAUCAUAAUGAUUCCUUGGAAGGGUUUUCAAGUACUGAUUUGAAUCUAUUUCUCAAUACCAAACCAGGUGAGUUCAAAGGAAGUUAUGCUGUAAAUUUUGCUGAUUCGAAUUUUUACAAUUCGAUAAAGAGUGCAGAAUCGUUGGGAAGGGCACUGAUUUCAAACAUGAAUAGACGACUUAGUACGAUUGGAAGAGCACAACAGCAGGAGUUUGAUUCGGGCAAAAUUGAUAUUGGAAUUCCAUUCAAAACGAGUGUUAUAGAGGAUAACCCAUCACACAGAGUAUAUAAAACAGACGUAAUUGGAUGUGGUGUGAAUUUUAUGAACAAAACUAUAUUCAUCACAUUGAAUGGAGUGUUGGCAAAAGUAAUUACUGAAAAGGACAUUGCUUCCAAUCAUGGAGCUUCAAAUGAUUUAUUCGAGUUGUCCAAUACUGAAGACGCAACUAUUGAAAUAUACCCAAUGCUAGGGUUCAAGUUGAAUGAAUUGGAAAGAGUAAUGGAUGUUGAUGAAAUUAGCACUUCUAAGAUCACGACAAAUUUAGGAUUCAAAGAGUUCAAGUUCAAUAUAAGGAGCUAUGUCAAUCAUUUCAAACGAGAAAAUCAAGAAGCAAUUUAUUUGUCAUUACUUGAAAAGAUUCGUCUGAGCCAUUCGAAGCUGAAUGAAUCUAAUACUCUAAGUGACACUGAAAGAUUACUAUUACAUGUCAAUGAUGAUUCGCAAUUGUUGAACAAGUUGAUCAAAGGAUAUCUUGUUCAUCAAGGCUAUAUCAAGACGUUUAAUGCGCUCAAUACAGAUUUGAACAAAUUGAGUUCUAAUAGUAUGGAUGGAAAGGGAGAAGAAGAGAAUGAACGUGUACUAACAUCGAGUCAUGCAAGCAACAGGCAACGCAUAAAGGGCCUCAUGCAAGCUCACAAUUUUGAAGAAGUAUUACAUUUCCUUCAUGAACAUUAUCAUCACGAAUUUUUCGAAUUAACUUCAGGUGUCGAUACCAUCUUUCAAAUCAAAUGGCUUGACUACUUGAUUGGUUUAAAGGAGUAUUUAGACAGAAGGUUGAAAUUGCACGAUAAUUUCGAGUUUGAGUUCAAAGAGAGUGAACAAGAGAUGUUGAACAAAAUUAUUGGCAAACGAAAUUCAUUAUUAGAGGAGUACAAAGUAGGCCCCGAGCAAGAUAAAGUUAAUGAACUUUCACCCUUACUACUAGUUCGUCUGAAGGAGGAUCUUGAUAAAUUACCAAAAGCAAAGAAAUUGAUUGAGAACCAUGCAUUGCAUUUCAAUAAAACUUUGUCUUCAAUCAAUUCCGUGGUUUUGAAAAAUGCUGGGUUCAAAAAGACUUCGAAUCUUGAAAGGAUUUUCAAUCGAGUGGAGAAUAAUAUCACUUCAUUGAUUCAACAUGAUCAUGAUGACAAGUUCAAACUCUUAAAUUUAGAGGCUGAUUAUAUGGGACAAUGUGAUUGA